CAUACAAAGACGCCAAUGGAGCAGUCUCCCCUCAGACCCCCUGUUCAAACCGUUGUUUUCGGUUAUCGGAUUAUAUUAUGGACGAUUGAUGGGAUGAUUCCCGGAUCUUGACCACGCCACCUACCCAAGGGCGUUCACUGCACAGCACCUUAGACCGUAGUUGACAUUUUAUCACCAUCGCGUUUCACUCGUUUGCUUUGCGUGUUGGUACCAUUGUCCAGCGACAAUCGCCGCAUUCCCGGGAACCUCCCACCACCAUCACUAAUCAUGACCAUCUCACACUCCCUCGUCUCACUCUCUCUUGUUAUUGCUUCCUACUUUUCACAAUCUUCAGCUACCGUGAUACGCCGGGAUGACGGCGUGCCAUCAAUUCGAAGUGAAUUGGGCCCAGUGCUGUCUCCCGAAGCCAUCAUUGUCGACUCCGAGCGCGGAAACUUGACCGAAGCAACCAAGAGAUGGCAGGUAUUUGCCAGUCCAAGCUUUGAUUAUGUCGUCCAGGUCGCAAAUGAGAACGACAUUGUCGAGACUGUCAAAUACGCAAACAGAUACUCAAUCCCUUUCCUCGUGGUCAACGCCGGACAUGGCGAGAUAAAAUCUUUGGGGGGUCUUAAGAAGGGACUCCAAAUCACGGUCCGAUCCCUGAAGAAGAUUACUGUUCACGACAACAACACGGCGACGAUUGGUGGUGGUGCCAGCAACCUCGAUAUAACCACCGAGCUUUGGAAAGCAAACAAACAGACUGUGAGCGGCACUUGCGAAUGCGUCGGCUUCUUGGGUCCCCUCCUCGGCGGCGGCCACGGCUUCCUCCAAGGAUACCACGGACUUGCAGCCGACCAACUCAUCUCUGCACGAGUGGUGCUUGCAAAUGGCACCAUUGUAACCGCCUCCGACACUUCCAACCCCAAACUGUUCUGGGCACUCCGAGGCGCGGGACACAACUUCGGCAUAGUGACCGAGGCGACGGUAAAGAUCUACGAUGUACCCAAGGACGACAUAUGGUACUACGAGAACUUCAUCUACCAAGGCGAUUCCAUAGAAGCAGUAUUCGGACAGCUGAACAAGAUCAAGCGGGACACGCCAGUGCAGUUUGAGCACUACGCCGUCUUUGGGCGACUGCCGCAAAUCGAUCCCGUCAACGCGCUUGUAUUCUUCAGCAUCCUGUACAACGGCCCGGCUUCCGCUGCCGACAAAUGGGUCGCUCCGUUCCGUCAAUUCUCUCCAAUCGACAUUCAGAAUGGCACCGCGACGUACCCGCAGCUCUCUGGGAUAACGGGAAAUGGCAUCAAUGACGCAAUUUGUCAACACGAGAAUCUGAAUCGUAUUCGCUAUCCCAUCUACCUGGAUAGAUUCGAUCCGGGCGCGGGCAAAGCGACCUUUGACUAUUUCAAUAAAACCAUUUCGGAUCACCCCGGUCUAGCCGGAUCGCUGAUGUUGUUCGAGGGUCUCUCGACCCAGGCCGUCAAGAGCGUCAGGCUGGACUCGACAGCGAUACCGCACAGGGAUUAUUUCGUCCUCUCAUCCCCCGUCGUGACGUACGCACCUGACGCUUCGCUUGACGCUAUCGCAGAGGACUUUGGCCGCAACCUGCGCAUGACGCUACACAAUGCGUCCAAGGCGGAAAAGAUGCACACGUACGUGAACUACGCGGUGGGAGAGGAGUCGUUGGAGAACAUCUAUGGCUAUAAUUCUUGGAGGGUGCACGACUUGAAGAAGCACAAGAGGGCGUACGAUCCCCAAGAUCGGUUUCGAUGGUAUGCGCCGAUUGGAGUGUGA